AUUUAAUCUUAGGAUCGGUUAAAAUUUACUUAUGUUUCGCCAACACAUCAAAACUGUUGCUCCUUUGGUGUAUCAGCAAAGUGUGUGUCUUCGGCGCUCUGUCCACGCGUUUUCUGUGACGCUUUCCUCCUGCUACCUCUUGCCUAUCACAGCAUAACGCUACCGUCUUCACCCCGAGAGGGCGUCAUUUGGCGAAUAGCUACUUUGAAAUUGAUUUAAAUUAGUCUCAAUCAAACAGCAACGCGAAGCGCAAAACGGACGACGUCUCUCACCACAGCUUGAGGCGAUCGUUGGAACGCACUUUUGGGGAUGGUAGCAGGCCCCCCGCGUAACUGUGUAUGAGUGCUUUUACGGACCGGGGAAGAUUUUGAACCCGUUUUGGAAUCGACAGAGCCAGUGUGUGUCAGUGAGGGAACAGUAUUUACGUAUUGCUGCUGCCGCCACGAAUCACUGCCCUAUGCCACGGUUUUAGCGGAUACGGUGGUGUGGCUUCCUGCGCUCUACACACUAACAGCUCGCCUAAGAAAGUGGCUGUGUAACGCGCCAUCUGACGUGAUUCUCAAUCGAUCAUUAAAAAAAAUCAUAUCAUCACACGCGCCACUACGACACAACAGUGUACGCGUGUGUCAGAGGCAUGGCGCGUUAACAGCGUUCACCCUCGUCAGAUUCCUUCCUCUCUAGCAACCACCGUAUCACGCUGAGUGCCAAGCUGUCAGAAGGGGGGUGUUUGUUAUUGUUGAAUUGUUGAUAUUAUUACGCCCUCCAGUUGUGGGUCCUAUCCCGCGGACAGCACCAAUACACACUGCACGCAGCAUCACAUUUCGAGAUCGCGCUCCAUCCAGUCAUCUCCCGGCCCGGCAGAGAGGAUCAUCACGGGCACUCACCGUCAUCUGUUCCCGCGGCGCGUUCGGAUGCUGCUGGAGAACCCUCUAUCGCAUACGCAUACGUACCGCCGUCCCGUAUCGCACCAGGCAAAACAGCAGGAGUACAGACAGUUCCCCCGGAUGUGUGUGUUUUAAGCGGAAGUUUGUAGCCUUAGAAACACUGUGCUCUAAGUAGUUCGGUGUAAAAGAUAAGUAGUUACGACGUUCGCCAGCGACGAUAAGCGAUUUAACGAUCUCCAGAAUCACUAGAGAAAGAAACACGGUGUCGUGUGAAGUGGCGCACUGUUCCGCGGAUGACCAAUGUGCAAACGAGUGCAGUGCAGUAAUGAGGUGUAGUGCUAGCAGCAGCUGCCUCCGAGGUGCGAUGGAACUGGGUGCCGAUAAACCGGCCAACAAACACGAUAAGGGUUCGUUGUCAGUGACGGCGGCGUCUUCGCCGGCCCCAAACUGCGGAGAGGACGGUGGUGGCGGCAGCGGCGGCGGCGGUGGUUGCACACUCGGCAUCGAUGAGCGCACAGGCCGGCUGCAAUGGUGCCCGGGGUAUAGGUUCGUGAAGUUCCUGUUCGUGAUACCGGCAGCGAUGCUUCCGAUCGGUUUGCUGUUUCUGCUGUUGUCUCGGUUUCAGGUGGUUGGAUCGGUUAGUCUUGCCGGCGACGGCCACCAGCUAACCGAACCGUCAACGACGACGGAUGAUCUCGAAGGGUGCGGUGAGUUCGGGUACUACUACACCGAGGAGCAUCUGACCACGAACAACAACCACCUUACCGAGGAGAUCGACUGGGCGGAACAGACGGCGGACGAUGUCGAACGCCGCUGUGAACCGAUUCCGGAGAAGGGACCGAGCGAGAGCCUCGACACGGACGAUCGUGGCCUGUUGCGGGGCAUCGUGCGCACCUCGUUCAUACCGUCCGAGCGACGUGUCCUGCCGGCAGAUUGUUUAGGUGAACAGGCACAGCCUAGCACAGCAACGGAGAAGGCUGUGGAGCGGUCCGAGCAGCUGCCCCGUGUGAGAAGAUCCGUCGGGUGGAUGAACGACGACCGCAGCAGCCCGGAGAGUGUGCGGGCUGCGCAGGUCGCCAUAAUGAAGCAGUACAUGGAUCCGGACGCGGACCCGUGCGACGAUUUCUACCAGUACGCCUGCGGGAACUGGGAUCGGGUGAACCCGAUACCGAAAGAUAAGGCCGCACUGGACACGUUCGAGCUGCUGCGCGAAAGUCUCGAUCUGGUGCUGAAACAACUCCUGCUCGAGGGUGAACCGGCGGGUCUGCUUGAUGUAGAGAAUGCGCUCUCAACCGUGCGCUCCCAACCGGACGGGACGAAAAAGAGCACAAGCACGACAACGACCGCUGCAUCAGCGGGAUGGCCAACGACGACGGUGACGGGUGGACCCGCACAACAACAGCUCCAUCGUGUACGAAAGCGUGGCCGGGCGGAGAAUCGGAACCGGUCCGGGCGUGCCGUCCAGAACAAGCUUAUCAUCCGCUCGGCCCAGGUAAAGCGCGUCCGCCGCAAGCGCGAACUGCUUAUCAACGAUGAUGCCGAAAUGAAGGCACGCCAUCUGUUCGUGUCCUGCAUGAACUACGAGCUGAUCGAGCGGCGUGGCCUAGAGCCGUUGCGCACGCUGCUCCACAGCCUGGGCGGAUGGCCCGUACUCGAACCGCACACCUGGGACGAGUCCAGCUUCGACUGGCUCAACCUGACGGCGGCUCUCCGGCGCUACAACAACGACGUCCUGAUCGUCGAGUGGGUCGGACCGGACAUUAAAAACUCCGACGAGAACAUUGUGCAGUUCGAUCAGACCUCACUCGGGCUGCCAACGCGCGACUACUACCUUCAACCCGGCAAUCGCAAAUAUCUCGAGGCGUACCGGCAGUUCAUGCUGGAGGUGAUCGGGCUGCUGGACGUGCCGGCCGACACCGCCCGCCAGGCGACGGAUGAGAUGAUCGAGUUCGAGACGCAGCUGGCCAACAUUACCAGCACGCCGGAAGAGCGCAACAACGUGUCGACGCUCUAUCGCAAGCUGAUGCUGGACCAGCUGCAGGAAGAAGUGCCGCAGAUCAACUGGACGCACUACCUUACGAUCGUAACCGAGCGGCCAGUGAACGGGUCCAGCUUUGUGGUGAUGUUCGCCAUGAGCUACAUGCGCGAUCUGGUCGAGCUGAUCGAUCAAACGGAGCCGCGCAUCGUGGCCAACUAUCUGCUGUGGCGGUUCGUGCGCCACCGCAUCAACAAUCUGGACGAUCGCUUUCUCGGCGCCAAGCAGCGCUUCUCGAACGCACUCUUUGGGCGAGAGCGCAAUCCACCGCGCUGGAAGAACUGCGUCACGCAGGUGAACGCCAACAUGGGCAUGGCGGUGGGGGCCAUGUUCGUGCGGCGCUACUUCGACGAGAACAGCAAGCGCGACACGCUCACGAUGACGCAUGAGCUGCAGGACGCGUUCCGUGAGAUUCUCGGCCGCACCGGCUGGAUCGAUAUGGCGACGCGCCAGCUGGCCGAGCAGAAGGUGAACGCGAUGUCGCUGCGCAUCGGCUACCCGGACUUCAUACUCGAUCCGGAGCAGCUGAGCGCCCGGUACGCCACGCUCGAGAUACACCCGGACCGGUACUUCGAGAACACGCUGAACGUGCUCAGCCACAUCCGGCGCACGGACCAGGAGAAGCUCGGCCAGCCGGUCAACAAGACGGCCUGGCACACCGCUCCGGCCGUCGUGAAUGCGUACUACAGCCGCAACAAGAAUCAGAUCAUGUUUCCGGCCGGGAUACUGCAGCCUCCGUUCUACCAUCGCCAUCUGCCGAAGGCGAUCAACUACGGCGGUAUCGGGGUCGUGAUUGGGCACGAGCUAACGCACGGGUUCGACGACAAGGGCCGGCUGUUCGAUCGGGACGGCAAUCUGUACCGGUGGUGGAGUGAUCGCGCGAUCGAAGAGUUCCACGAGCGGGCGGCCUGCCUGGUGGAGCAGUACGGCAGGUACAGGAUCGCCGAGGUCGACGUGCAGCUGGACGGGGAAAACACGCAGGGCGAAAACAUUGCCGACAAUGGGGGCAUCAAGCAGGCGUUCCUGGCGUACAGCAAGUGGCUCGCGGCUCAGACGGAUCGGCGCGUGCUCGAGGCGGAAACGCUGCCCGGGUUGAACGUGACGCGGACGCAGCUCUUCUUUCUCAACUUUGCCCAGAUCUGGUGCGGCGCGAUGCGGCCGGAAGCGACGCGCAACAAGCUGAAGACGGCCGUCCACAGCCCGGGCCGGUUCCGGGUGAUCGGGACGCUCUCGAACUCGGAGGACUUUGCGCGCGAAUAUCACUGCCCGGUCGGUAGCACCAUGAACCCGCCCGGCAAGUGCAGCGUGUGGUAGAGGGCAGGGUUAGGGCGACUGAGCUGCGUACGUUUGUAAAUAAGGGAGAGCCGUGUUUAAGAAGUUGUGUUGCUGUAACGCUCGCUGACAUUUUCAUGGUACCCGGAUCAUCUGACCUGACCGGAUCAGAUGGCAAUGCGAAUAAAAACGUGUAGCGUACGACACUACUAUGCGUGUUACGUUUCGAUCGAUCGUACUUGAUCUGUUCUAUGUGCAUGCCAUAUGGCUAGCGAGAUGUGUCGUUGAAUAAAUAAAACCUUAGCUAGUAGUCGCUUACUAGCGAGAAACGACAUAUCUCCGCUACUUGCACGCUGCUUGUCACCAUCCUAACCUCCCGCUACAAGACACUAGUUAAUUGAAAUCAAUUCCAAAACCCGUCCGAGAAUCCGCGCUCCGGUGAUUCCCGGACCGGGCUUGGCUUGCCCUCUUCUUCUCCUUGCUUCUCUAGUAAGAGACUGUUAUCCAAUUUAUCUGCCGUAGAUCAAUUUCGCCGAGGUCGAAUCGUUUUUCCACACGUAGCGCUACGGAGUGCUGUUGAAGUGAGCACGCCACACAAACGAAUUGAGAGCAAUAUUUCACAUUAGUGAUGGUUAAGCAAUUAGUUUAGGGAUACCUUUCUGCCCAAAGUAUGGGGAUAAGCUGGAGUUGGAGAUAUCUUCGAAAUUGUCAGCAAUUUUCGGACCUCGAAGCUCAUACAUCUCUCGUUGGGAGUAGUUUAGUUGUGUCUCACCGAUGCAAUUGUGAAACCCUUACGGAAUUCCCCUAGUUGUCGUAAGUACCUGAAGGAUACCCAACAUCAAAUAAUAUGCCAAUUUACAUCUCUGAUCAGGAAAUAUAGAAGGAAAUUCGCAGAGAUGUA